GUUCUUUUGGGUAGAGGGUCAGAAGGUAGGGACAAAUGACCUUAUAUGAUAACUUUGAAUAAGUUUAAUCAGGUACUGAAUUCUGCACUGGUCAGUAGUCUUGUCUUUUCGUGAGAUGAGUUAACAGUAAGAAAACUGUAGAGUAUCACUUCUUUGACAUUGAUGUAGAAUACAUAUAAAACGAUGUUAUCAGAUGUCAGCACUAAAUGCAUUUCAAAUAGAUAAAUAAAUGUGUAGCAGAAUCCUCUACAAAGCCCAGUCUACAGUAACAGAUGCACACAUGUUGUACUGCAUGUGUGAAAAGCAAUAACAUGCAUAAAGUUGACCUUUUCUCAGGCAGGCCACAGAACAGCACUCUGCGUCACACGUUAUUGACCUCCUGUUACUUCCUUAUUUUUUAUUUUUACAGAGGACUGUAGACAUUUACAUGAAGGCAGAUCACUGAUAGCUCUUGACAUCAAGAAAUGUAACACCAUACAUUAUGUGCGCAUCAUCUAUGAAAAUGUUCAGUUACAGAUCCAAAACAUACUGCCCAGUGUGACUGAAACAGUGUCAUCCAUGUAGCAUUUAGGUUGGCACUUGGUACUUGGCUUUACUUUGUCAGUAGGUCAUGAGCUACCAAGAUGUGCAGAGGGUGUGGAGGUGUUUAUAACUCUGGACAUUCGUUUGUUGCAUGCGUGUGAAGGUGGUUGCCUUAAAUGAGAAGUUUUGAAUUUUGCGCAGCAGCCUAUUUUCCCCACUCUAAAGCUAAAUCCUGGACUUCUACCCUUUGUUUGUGGUUGCAUCGAAAUCUGGCAUCAAUCUGGUGAGAUAAAGAUAUUUGUAUUUUUGUAUGAUAGUGGUAUGGUAUGGUAGCCUCCAUAUUAGAUUUCUGUUUCAGGUCCCCAGAAGGUCAGCAGCAGCCAAAAAACUUUGAUAAUUUGAGGUUGACCAAGUUGUUGGUCUGGAGGCUGGACUGAGAGAUUUCUACAUUCACAUGAUGUUUUAACACAUAUUGUGAGGUGUAAUAUUCUCAGCAUUAAACACUGUUGUUUGUGUUAAACAAUAAUUUCACACUUUCUCACAGUGCAUUAAGUUUUCUAGAAUCACAUCAGCUGUAUUAUCUGUUUCCUCACAGUAACAUGAAGAUGUGGAGCUCUCAAAACCUGCUGUUCAUCCUCAGCCUUGCUCUGAGUCGUGUGACCCGUGCAGCAGAGGUGAUCCAUGCAGCUGGAUACAAAGGGAGAGAAGUUACAGUUUCCUGCCCCUAUGAAGAAGGUUAUACGUCUCAUGAGAAGUACCUGUGCAGGAAUGACUGUGCCAAAAAUUAUGAUGUUAUGAUCAAAACUUCAGAAGGGGAGAAGGGGAGAUACUCCAUUCAUGAUGACAACAAGAAACAAGUCUUCACAGUGACCAUCUCUGAUCUUUAUCCUACGGAUGCUGGGAAAUACUGGUGUGGGGUGACCAGAUUUGGAAUGGAUCCCUACACUGCUGAAGUAAAACUGGAAGUAGAGCCAGACAGCUGCUGUGAUCGUUCCACCAACAUUCAAAGUUAUGAGGGAGGUUCAGUGUCCAUCAGUUGUGUGUAUAACUCUCAGUACCGCAACAACCUGAAGUACAUCUGCAGAGGAAAGCAGCCCUCCACAUGUCUGCAGCAGGCACUAAUCACCUCUGACAACAAACGAAAAGGACGGUUCAGACUUACUGAUGACAAGGUGUCAAGGAAAUUCACAGUGAGCAUUACCAGUUUGACCCAAGAGGAUUCUGGGUCGUACCUUUGUGGCGUCCAUAGAAACACUGGCCUGGAUGUUUUCUCUGCUGCUGAGCUGGAAGUCAAAGGUCAGAGGUCACAGAUCUACCAAACCAUAUUGCACUGA